AUGGCAGAAGCAGCCGGAUUUACCCCGCCGUCGAUGGAUUGGCAAGCCGCAGAUUUACCUGAUGAAUUCGAGCGGUUCCAACAAUACUGCCUUCUAGUUUUCCAAGGGCCCUUUUCCGACAAGUCCGACAAGGAAAAGGUCGCCUAUGUCAUGCUAUGGAUCGGGAGAACUGGUGGUGAUGCUUUCAAUAGUUUCGAGUGGGAUAAUGCAAGCGACAAAUCCAAAGUAGCUGCCGUCUUCAAGAAAUUUAAUAAGCAUUUGCAGCCACGGGUAAAUGCACGACUGGCUCGGUUUGAGCUUCAGAAAUACCGCCAGCAACCCGACGAGUCUGUAGAUGAUUACUUUGCGAGGUGUAAGAAGAAGACGUCCAAGUGCAAGUUCAGGGACGCUCAGGAGACUAACGAUCGCCUGAUAGAACAGCUAAUCGUGGGGACGAAGCACUCGAAAGUGCAAGAACGCCUGCUGGAGGGUGGUAGUGAUUUGACUCUGGACGAAGCGCUUGACAAGGCCCGUACUUAUGAAGCAACACAGUGCCACAUGGAGCAGCUGUCCACCGCCACCAGCAGCAGCCGUCUACCUGAAACGGUGCACGCCAUUUCCAAAUCUGUGGGACACGCAGAUUGCGGCAAAUGUGGACGAACCCACCACCCAAGCAAGUGCCCAGCGCACGGCUCCACCUGCAACAAAUGCGGGAAGGCGAAUCACUGGGCAAACGUAUGCCGUUCGCAGGGGAGAGACGAGGCACAUGGAAGGGGCCAGCAACGCGGACGCUGGCGCCAGAGGAGCCCCAGCCCGCGGGAGCGCUACCCCCAGAGGAGCCCCAGCCCACGGAGACGCUUCGACGCACUGCAUUUCGACGCCGUCAUCAUCGACAGCGUCGAGCGUCACCAACCGCCACUAGAGCGAGAGGUGUUCGCGACCCUCAAUGUCAGCCUGGACAACACCAACAGACCGGCCACCUUGAGAGCCAAGGUGGAUACGGGCGCCCAGGGCAAUAUAUUGCCGCUGAGAGUGUUCUGCCAAAUGUUUCCCCAGCACGUCGGACCAAACGGAUACCCAAAGCCGAAGUCCGUGAAGCCGUCAAGUACCACCCUCACAGCGUACGGCGGAUCCAAGAUAAAGCAAUGCGGAACCCGUCCUAUUCCGUGCUCUUACGAUGGCAAGAGCAAACUCGCUGACUUCUACAUCACGGACUGCCCUGGCACUGCUAUCAUCGGCCUCCCGACAGCGACAGCCCUGCAGUUAGUCACGCUGAACUGCGCUGUCCAGGAGAAGCCAGCGAGCAUCCGAGACAAGGACGACCUGAUGAAGCAAUACCCAAAGUGCUUCGAUGGCAUUGAGAAAUUCCCAGGCAAGUACCACAUCACGGUGGACCCCAACGUCGUCCCGGUUGUACACCCUCCACGCCACCUCCACGCCAUCGCACUGAGAGACGAGAUCAAGACGGAGCUGGAGGACAUGAUCCAGAACGGCAUCAUCACCAAGAUCCAGGAAGGCGAACCAACAGCAUGGGUGAACAGCCUCGUGUUCCGCCUCAAAGACAAUGGCAAGCUACGCCUGUGCCUAGACCCCAAGGACCUCAAUCACGCCAUCCUGCGAGAGCACCACGUGGUCUCCACCAUUGAGGAGAUCACCCCGAAGUUGAGAGGUGCCAAAGUGUUCUCGAUCGUCGACGUCAAAUGUGGGUACUGGAAUGUGGAGCUCGACGACGAAUCCAGUUACCUCACCACCUUCAACACACCAUUCGGGCGCUACAGAUUCCUUCGCAUGCCAUUCGGCCUCAAGAUGUCGCAAGAUGUCUUCCAAGCAAGGAUCGACCAGACGUUCGAAGGGUGCUCAGGCGUCACCGGCAUCGCAGACGACAUCGUCACAUACGGGACGUCAGACGAGGACCAUGAUCUCAACAUGCCCCAGAUGAUGGUUCACUGCGAACAAUCUGGUCUCAAGUUGAACCCAGACAAAUGCCGCAUCAAAGAGGACAAGAUCAAGUUCUUCGGCAUCAUCUGCAGCGCUGACGGAAUACAGCCCGACCCGAAGAAGGUCUCAGCGCUGAAGCAGAUGGAGCACCCCGAGAACGAGGACGAGCUCCAGACGUUCCUCGGGCUAGUCACGUACAUGAGCCCGUUCAUACCGAAUGCCAGCACACUGACCGCGCACCUGCGUGAGCUGACCAAGCCAGAUACACCGUUCGCCUGGACAGACAGCCACCAGCGCACCUUCGACAAGGUCAAGGCCGCCAUUUCGACAGAAGUAACGCUCAGUUACUUUGACCCAGGCAAGGCAACGACACUACAAGUCGACGCUUCCAUGAAAGGUCUCGGCGCCACUCUGCUGCAGGACGACAAGCCUGUUGCAUUCGCCAGCAAGAAGCUUACCGAGACGGAGUCUCGCUACGCCAAUAUUGAGCGUGAGCUCUUAGCUGUCGUAUACGGGUGUGAAAGAUUCCACACCUACCUAUUCGGUCAGUCAUUCACAGUAGAAUAA